UGCGUAUCGCCUCGUAAAGGAUUAGUCGACGCUUUUCAUCGUAAUCGCCGUCACUGGUCGUUCGCGUGCCGGAUUUGGCUUUCGUUUGAUCGGACGUAAACCCGCUUUUGGAUACUUGCAUAACGAGUGAUUUCUGUUUCUGUGAUAUUUAUUAGAUUAUAUUAGGUUAUAAAAUGGCUCAAGUAUUCCAUUUCGUUUACGAAGGGUAUAAAGACUUAAUGGACAAUAAAAGUGAUCAGCGAGUAAAAGAUUGGUUUCUGAUGAGCUCACCGUUUCCCACACUGUUCAUGUGCCUGACCUACGUUUAUAUAGUCAAAGUAUUGGGUCCCAAGCUCAUGGAAAAUCGGAAGCCAAUGGAGUUGAAGAACGUCUUGAUUGCAUACAACUUAGUACAAGUAAUAUUCAGCGUAUGGUUAUUCUAUGAGGCGUCUGUCGCUGGAUGGCUUAACCACUAUAGCUACAAAUGCCAGCCAGUGGACUAUUCUACCUCACCUCUGGCAAUGAGGAUGGCACGAGGAUGUUGGUGGUACUACUUUUCCAAGUUUACCGAAUUUCUCGACACGUUCUUCUUUGUUCUCCGAAAGAAGUUCGACCACGUGACGACUUUGCACGUGAUCCAUCACGGCAUCAUGCCCAUGUCCGUUUGGUUUGGGGUCAAAUUUACGCCGGGCGGCCAUUCUACCUUUUUUGGAUUCCUCAACACCUUCGUUCACAUUAUCAUGUAUUCGUAUUACCUAGUCGCUGCGUUGGGCCCCCAGUACCAGAAAUACCUAUGGUGGAAAAAGUACCUCACCGCCAUCCAAAUGAUCCAGUUUGUGCUAGUUAUGUUGCACGCGUUCCAGCUCCUGUUCAUUGAAUGUGACUAUCCGAGGGCUUUCGUUUGGUGGAUCGGAAUGCACGCGGUGAUGUUCUAUUUCCUCUUCUCCAAUUUCUACAAAGAGACGUACGUUAAGAAGGGAAAGAAGGAAAAAGUCGAAGGGACUCAGAACGGCAAAUCAAACGGCUCGGCCCCGAAACUACCCAUCGGCGUAUGUUUUACCACGCAAACCGCCCUCUACGAUCACCCGGAUUCGAAAGUAACCAACGGAUACUCCAAAGCGAACGGGAAGGAAAACGGAUUCUCAGCCACAAACGGAGAAAUGAAAAUAAGGAGAAGAGCGUCGAUAGAGAACGAACGAUAGUGAAAUGAGAUUGGAUCGAUUUGAGUGCCAGAGAGACGUUUUAACGUGACAUUUUUAUCAAAUUUUUAGUAAUCGCAUCACAAAGUGUAUAUAUGUGUGUUCCGUGCAAACCUUCGCAGUGUUAACGCGUCACUUUUAAUGGCCGAUGAGCGCGGAAUAAUCAACGAGAAUCAGCAACGAUUGGGCUGUGAUAUUCGUCAUCUUAAUUGUCGCGUAUACUCGAUAAGUGACCAUCAGGCACGACUUUCUACGUUUGUGCAAUGAGGCGACUGCGCAAUAUUUGUUUCGAUCAUGUUGGUGAACUUGAACCAUCUUCAUUUACAGCGGCGUUUGACGGAAACGUUUAUAUUUAUACAGGGUGCCCCUUUGUGGUGUAUUCUGUCACAGGGUGGUAAAGUUUUCAAGCAAGAAUCUUGUUUCAUAUUAUCCAAAAAGCGAUUCUAAAUGUCCUUAUGUAAUUGAACGAAAUCCUAAAAAACAAAAGGUGAGUUAGCAUUGCAAUGAAUAAAUUACACCUCUAAGUCAAAUAAUAACGUGUUUCCGACGUAUUUCCAAAAUCUUGUUAGAGUUUUGAGCACCUUCUAUUAAUUAAAUCAUCUUUCAAUAAUAAAAAAAUAAAAUAAAAAAAACAAUACCUGAUUAAAUAACAAUUGUCAGCCUAGCCAUUUUUGACAAAUAGCGGUUAUUAAUUCACUUGACAUUUUUAAGGUUCCAAAAUAUAAGGCCAUCAAAAAUAGGUGGUUUUCAUUUUAAAAUAUUAAUAACGCUGCUAUUUUUGCUUCUGGAUUUUUGCUGAAUGUGAAGAAAACUACUUAAUUAAGUUAAAAUAAAGCAAAAAAGUAAUAAGCAAAAUUAAAAAAAAACAUUGUUUCGAAAAUUUACGGCAUUUAUAAAUUUUGAAUUUAUACUCUUUGAAAUAGAUUUUAAGCUUUUUUUAUUUUAACGUUUAUAUGUUUAAAAUUAGUUUUUAAAUUUGGAAAAACAUUUAGAAUUCCUUGAAAUUUGAUUUAAUUUUGGUUAGUUACAUAGCUAGUGUACCAUUUUUGGAUGGUAAUUUGGCCAUCGUGCCAUCUAAUUAGAUCUGUAACUUUAAAAAUUAUGUGUUACAGAAUGUAGCACUUUUAUAUUUAUUUUAAUCGAGAACGAAGUGACUUUUACCUGAAAAAUCAACGGCGCACAAAUGCGAAAUAAUUCGCGAACAGGCGUCAAUGUUGGACAUAAAAACGGUGUUAUGGAACGAUCUUUUAAUGCACAAAUUAGGUAAUAUAACAAAAAUAGAUUUGUUCCUGGAAACUUUUGAUUUUUUUUCUUAAUAUUGGCAAUAUUGACAGACCCCUUAAAGAACACCCUGUAGAAGGUAUGUUCUUAUAUUCGAUUGAAAUUGGAAUAUAUUUUUAUUUUAUUGGAAUGUAUUUAUAUUUUUACGUAUUUGAAAUCCCAGCUUGCAACCAGAAAAAGUCUUUGUUUAGGUCGGAGCGCUUCGAGAUGUCAGGAAAAGACAUAAAAAUUUGAUAAUGUAACUCCGAAGGAAAGACACAAGAGAUUCAGAAAAAAUCUUUACUACACUACACUAUUUCAUUUAUUUGUGUUAAAUUUUCGCUAGCAACAAGUUUCUAUGCUUGCGUUGAUAAUCGCAAGCACGAAACUGUUACGAACACCCAUUCGCCGAGUUAUAGAAAGACAGGUAAAUAAACAAGGAGCGAAAACCUGACGUUUUUAAAAGAAUGAUCCCUAUGACAAUGAGGGUGACAAUGGUUCAUAAACCCCUUAUCGGUAGGCUCUGUGAUCCCUGGACUGUAGUUCAACGAGUGAGUUUUAGCUAUUUUCAGUUAUUUUUACGAAUUGUUCUAAGUUAAAACUUACUAUUACGGAUCUAAAAUUUAGAGAACUAAAUAAUUCAAAAGAAAACCAUGGCAUUUUUUUUUAACUUACGUGAAAUCAGUCAUCAACCAUGGUGAUCCCUCAGAAUAUAUCAAUUCAAAAUAUUCAUAAUAUGCCUAACUCGUUUAUGUGUUUACUUCGAUUUCAGUCUCCACAAUUUUGUUAGUUUUCGUGAAUAUUGCUUAAUAAGUGUUUUACUGACGACAACAGGAUAUUUAGUGUGCAAUGGGUUAUUCCAUUUAUGGGAAAAAUCUGAAGCUCUAACUUUUGAACAAUUGAAAAUAAACAGAUAAACAGGUAAAAAUUACAUAAUUUAGUAAAAGCUUAUAUAAUCCAACUAGCAUUAUGGUAGUAAUGAGAAUUUACUAGCGAUGACGUCACGCAGUAACCCCUAACGCCAAAACAAGAAAUAAAAUGACAAUGAAGAAAACUUUUUAUUUCGUUAGUUGCUGGAGGUUAUUGACGUUACUUUCUGGAACCAUGACCGCCGAAGCUCUCCCACAAAAAUAAUAAAGGAAGGGCCCUAGAUUUCAAAAUUUCGGUAGGUGUCGCUACUUUUUUUAACAGACGAUGGUUCACUUUUAAUUGAAGAGGAAUUGUUAGUGCUCGCUUAAAAGAUAUAAAUUCAAGACAAUCAAAUUUUAGUUGAUUUAGUAGACGCGUCGUUUACUAUUCUUUUUACAAUCUUAUGCCACAUAUCAAAUCAUUAAUAAUCGAACAAAUAUUGCCAGCAUAACCGUAGAAAAUGAUCAGUCGAGCAUUUUGCGCAGCAAAGAGUAAAUUAGAAUUUUUUAAAUAAAUUAUACAUUUCAAGCAACUGCUUGUAACGUUUUCAUAUAUUCUUUAAAUUCCUAUAACAUUUCAAACAUCGGUUUUUCUUGGAUUUUUUAAUGAUAUAUGAUGUGGGUAACUAUUGUAGUUAUAAGACUAGAAUUAGAACUUGAACUUUUGAUAUUUUUGUAAUCUGGUGUAUAAUAUUUAUUUUGUGCAAUAAACUGAUUACGGCGUU